AUGAAAAUCUCAGCUAGUUUUGGAGUUGCACUGGCCCCUAGGGCAGAGACACCUCAACACAGGAGGCGAGGCGCACUUUUAUCGAGAGGCGUGCCUUCCGAAAGCAGCCAAGAAGCAGCAGUUCUCCUCAAGAUACUCAAAGCCAUUGAGAAGCUGUGCAAGAACAAUGCCCUUCAGGUCGGCGACCUGAGGCACACGCUAGAGGACAGUCACGGCGAGCUGCUGCGGCAGUUGCUGAUGGGAACUGGUGAUACGGAGCGCUGCGAGGCGUUGACAACGCGGGUUGCGUCUGCCGCUGCAGCCAGUACAGCAGCGACCACCUCAGAGGCAGUCACCACUGCAGUCCGUGAAGCAAGCUUCAAGGCACAAGAGCAGCUGCAAGCUGCCUUAUUUCAGCAUAUGGAAAGCCUACUCGCUAAAAAAAUCAGUCAAAUUGCUGAAGAAACAGUCGCUGCCUCCAUGACAAAAGCGACGCAAAAACUUCAGGAAACCAUGGAAAAGCUGCUUACUAAUGCCAAGCACACCCGAUACGGUGAGACGGAGGAGCAAUCGGACUCAGUUUUUCAGCAGGUGCCUUCGCAGCCCUCUCCUGCUUCUUUCGGCAUGAGUGAGGCGGUUCUCAUGAGUAAAGACAUUGGCCCGGACUUAUCGUGGAUUCAGAGCAUGUUGCAUGAUAUCAAAAGAGAGAACGCUGGCAACAGGCAGCUCCUGGGGUGGAUCUGCCACAACCUGGAUGCAGCUCUAUGCAGCAGAAAAUAUCAGGAGCAGCUGCAGUUGCACUUGCACCAGCGAAGAGGACAGCGAGAAGAGGAAAGAGGAGAGGGAGGCGAUACCGCAAGGACCUUCCACAUAUUUACCCCAGUUGAUCUGAGCAGACAGUCUAGCACUGCUUCCCUCUAUCAUGAAGAGGAGACGGAGCGCGUUAUAACCGCAACAAUGGAAGACAACGGUAGGGAGGACAAAUCGCGGCCUCACGCCCACGUCGCUCCUCCUUGUAUCGCGUCUCCGUCUUCCCCUGUAGAGCCGUGCGCUCAAAUCUAUCGAAAGGUUAGCAGCGUUGAAACCGAGCAGAAGGAAACCGAGGACGAGGAGGAAGAUGAAGCCUCGUGUGUUGCCUCCCCGCGGGCAGUCGUAGAGAAGGCGAGUAUCAACAUGACGGAAAGCUUUGAAAAGUUUAAUUGUAAGAAUCAUCACUUUCCGAAUGUGUACACCUCAACUGGAAACCUGGAAUGGGAGCACUACGUCAGCACUAGCAAGGGGCUUCAUAAAGGAACCGGAUAG